GUCAGGAAAAAAGCUCUUGUUCACGUUUGGACGUGGAAAAAGCUUUAACUUUAAAAGCUUUUAAAUUUAAUCCGAUCACUUUAUUUACGAACGAGUCUCGUUAGAAGAUUGUUCUCCCCUGCAAAGUCUCGCGGGACUUUGAAGUUUCAGAAGCACGAGAUCCCAAUUAAGUAAGCAGCGAGCAGAAACGUAAGAUGGCAGCAGUGUCCUACCUGUGUGGUGCAAACCCGCCUGUGAGAUUCCCAGUCAGUUCUCCACUAAGAUGCACAACGAGCCGCGGACCAUUACAAGAUUUUGGGAUAUGGUGCCCAUGGCAACUUCAGCAACAUGAGCCCCUUUUGGUUUGAUGGCUGUUGAUCCGACCCCUCAACCCCCCCAAGAAGAACCUGUAUCUGAGAUUUUCCUAAUCUGUAGAAUCCCCGCAGCCGUUUGGACACAAGAGAAAAGCAAACAUCAACAAUUUUAAAGAACUUUUGUAGUUCCUAGAUUUUAUAGCUUCUGAAAGGUCGUCUGUCGUGCAAAAUUGAUACAGAAAAAGACCUACAGGACCAGGAAACUCAGAGUCACGAUACUACCUGCCCUGUUUGAUUGACAGGCGAUCCCGGGAUGACCUGAACACAGACGCCACAGCAAUGAGAGGAGGAGGAAGAUGUGUUGGCCGGUGACAGCGGUCCUGCUAGCCCACCUCGGGGCCACCUUAACAGGGGCAUGGAGAGCAUCUCAACCAAGACUGCAGUUCACACACUCUGAACUGAUCCAGAACGGCCGCCUGCUGAUGCUGCCUCUAGUGGCGGGAGACCUGCACUCCCUGCUGCCUGACGAAGACGGGAGGCGUCUGUACGUGGCCAUGAAAGAUAACCUGCUGUCUACCAGUCUGGACGACAUAACGCAGAACCCACGCAAGCUUUAUUGGCCAGCCAGUCCAGACCGUGUCCAAGAAUGCCUCAUGGCUGGGAAGGAUCCAGAGCUUGAGUGUGCUAACUUCCUGCGAGUUCUGCAGCCUUAUAACCAGACUCACCUGUACGUGUGUGGCACCGGGGCUUUCAACCCUCGAUGUGCCUUCAUAGCUACCAACGUCUUCCAACAGUCAGAGCAUCAGACUCUCUCCUACAGCCAGACAGAGUGUGGGAAGGGGAAAUGUCCCUACGAUCCAUUCCAAAAAACGGCGUCAGCUGUUGUUGAUGGAGAGCUGUAUGCUGGCAUCACCUCAGACUUCAUGAGCCGGGACUCGGCCUUUUUCCGUAGUCUUGGUAAACGUCAUGUCAUCCGCACCGAACAGUACGACUCCACCUGGCUGCAGGAUGCCCAGUUUGUGCGGGUUGCGCCGCUGUCUGAAACUGAUAAUCCAGAAGACGAUAAGGUCUACGUGUUCUUCACCGAGCGCGCUCAGGAGGCAGAGGGGGCUGCUGGGAAGGUGCUCUACUCCCGAGUGGCACGUGUGUGCAAGAAUGACAUUGGAGGCCAGAGGAGUUUAGUCAAUAAGUGGAGCACCUUCCAGAAGGCUCGUAUGGUGUGUUCAGUCCCAGGACCAGAUGGCCUACAGACACAUUUCGACCAACUGCAGGACAUCUUUAUCCUCCAAGGGAAAGACAAGAAAAACCCUCUCAUCUACGGCCUGUUUACUACUUCAAGUGAUAUUCUGAAUGGUUCAGCAGUCUGCGUUUACCGAAUGGAGGAUGUGGUUCGGGCUUUUAAGGGAAACUUCCUACAUAAGGAAGGGCCUCUGUACAAGUGGGCAGAGUUUACGGGCAAAGUGCCCUACCCGCGACCUGGCACCUGUCCCAGCAGUACAUAUGGAAGCUACAGCUCGACCAGAGAGUAUCCUGACGACGUCAUCUUCUUCAGCAGGACUCACCCACUGCUGCAGGAGAACGUGCUGCCACUGGGGGAGCGUCCCCUUCUUGUCCGAGUGGGCGUUCACUACAAGUUCAGCAAACUGCUGGUGGACAGAGUGGAGGCCAUCGACGGCACCUACGACGUCCUGUUCAUCGGCACAGACUCUGGUCUGGUGCUGAAGGCCAUCCAUCUGCCCAGAGAACACGGUCAGAGUCAGGAGGUCACUUUAGAGCAGCUGCAGGUCUUCCAGCACAAAUCACCUGUGACAGCUCUGACACUCUCAAAGAAAAAGCAGUGGUUGUUUGUGGGCUCCAGUGAGGGUGUGUCCCAGCUGGCUCUGUACCAGUGUGAGCUAUACGGUCAGGCCUGCGCUGAGUGCUGCCUGGCCAGAGAUCCCUACUGUACCUGGGACGGACACGCCUGCAGCCCCUACAUGCCCACCGUGCGCAGGAGGAAUGCACGUCAUUUAGGGGAGGACGAGGACCCGUUAACUCAGUGUGUCAGACAAGGAGCCGGGCUGCAGGUGGAGGCAGAGCAGAGGGUGAUGAUGGUUGCCGAGGGUAACAGCACCUACCUGGAGUGUCUGCCCCGAUCCAGACAUGCUGCUGUCACCUGGUACAAACAGGCCGGAGAGAACAGUCCUGAACUAAACCAGCUGGUAACAGGUGACCAGCUGAUUGUGAUCGAGCGGGGUGUCCUGAUUCGUCGAGCCGAGCUGUCUCACGGCGGUGUCUACCACUGCCAGGUGGAAGAGCAUGGCUACCACUGGACCGCCGUCACCAUCCGCCUCGCCGUCUGGAGCCCCUCGGCCAACCGCCUCCUCGCUUCCUGGUCCAGCCCGUCCUAUCAGAGCCCGGGAACGCAGCCCUGGUCCGAAGACGUGAUGCCGCUGAUUAAUCCGAGAAACCUCGGCCAGCACUGCCGCUCUCUGGGAUAUCGGCCCCCGCGCAACCACCGUCGCCACGGUGAUAUCAUGGUGGAGCCUAACAAGGAGAAAGAGAAGGGGGAGAGGCACAAGCAUGGAGGAGGAAGAGGAGGAGGAGGAGGAGGGGGAGCAAGAGCAGCGGGCAGGAAGAGCAGGAGCAAGCCGCAGCAGAGAGCACCGAGGAGCGCUUGAAUGUGUCGUAGAGCAGGAGGGCGGAUUUUCAGUGACUUUAACACUCACACACACACAUUUAUGAUAACAUACACACUAAGACACACACACACAUACACACACACUUAACUUAUACACUGAGACACACACAUACUGUAUGUACAGAGACUUAGACAUGCGCAUGCACUUAUAUACAAACAAAAAAAAAAGCAUCCUUUAAUUACAUUAUAGUGACAAACUAAGCUACACAUGAACAACUGAAGUAUGUACAGUACAGGAGGAUGUGGACAGCAAGGACUGUUUCACCUGGACAAAAGACUUUGUGAAUAAAAAAGCGAAAGCAGAAAAUCUUAGGUUGCAAAGCAUGUUGAAUGAAGGAAGAACGGCAUGUCCAGAUCACUCAGUUUGACUGACUCUGUGUCGUAACAGGGACAUUUUGAAUUUGGAGUUUCUGCAGAGAAAAAAAUGUGAGUCUCUUUCCAAAAAGUAGACAUUCAGAAUUUUUUGAAAAAGCAUUCAACCCCUGUGAAAUGAUUGCUGCCUCAAGGAUCAUUUCUGUAGCUGUGCAUGUUUUUGCCCAUUAACUACAAAUCCUGCAUACAAUAUUUUACAUCACUGACAAUAAUCCUCCAAAGCAGAACGGAUGUUUUUAGAUUGAUUUCCUACCUUCCAGGCGGACACCGGUUUCCAUUAAUUUCAGUACACUGUGAAAAUCAUUUUGCAGGAACAUGAAAUAUGUUGCCUUUUUUUUCAAAGUUAUGCUAUUACAGUAGCAAGCAGCAUUUUUCAAACUUUUCCUUGAUGAUGUGUUCACAUUUCAAGGACACUCCAUCCUUGGCCUUCUGAGAAUUGAGGUUGAACUGCUCAAAUUUCAUUGACAAUGUGCUAUGUUGUCUAAAAGUAAGAAACAAGAAAGCAAACAAGCAAUCAUAAAUGCGGUGAAAGGGAUUCGGUUGCCGUUUGGCAGCCUGUUGUCAAAUCGCAGAUGUUGGAGCACCCUCGAACACAUCUGCAGAGAAAGCCUGUGUUUUUAACAGCUAAACUUAGACAAAAAAAGAAAUAUAUACUCUCUGUGAUGGAGUACCUAUCAAUCUAAAAACCUAUGCUAUGCUUUGGAAUAUAAUCAGUGAUGAUAGUUACUUAAAGGGCUAAAACAUUCAAAGCCAACUUACAAACAGUAAAUCUCUUACAGUAAACUACUGCAGCAGCAGCUUUGAGGAGUAAUGACAGGCAGGAAGUAGCACUGAAGAGUUUUAUGCAUCUUUCCCCCACAUGAAUCUAUAACAUGUUGGGAUGUAAUCCUUCAAACAGUUCACCUGCAGUGAGAGUUUUGUUGGUUUCUUCAGAAAGGUGGGGUCUGACCGCGAGAUGAUGACUGACCAUGACCACAAAGAUGAAAGGCAGAGAAAAGCUCGAGCAUCGCUUUGAUGAGGUUUCAGAUCUACUUUUUCAGGACGUUAGCGUUCUGUGUUGCAGCUGUACAGCCACACUGCAGGAGAUUUUUCCAUUAUGUUCUCCUCAAAGUUUGGUUCAGUAAUGUUAGCUGGUAAAGUUCACAGGCAUAUCUGGCACUGAUGUUAUGCCACAACGACAGAGCAGCACGGACAGCUGUUUAGUAUAGGUGUGGGAAAAACAGAAACAAGACACAGUGGGUCUGGUGCAUUUUAUAAUGUCUAGUUUGGAGUGUUUGUUCGGUUUUUCUGGUGUCUCACAUGAGUGCAGUGUACAGAUUUACGGAAUAUGUUUUUACGUAGGAAAAAAAGACAACAUCUCCACAUCAACUCCAGUUUGCAGACAAAUGUCAUUUUUGUUACCACUGGGAUAAAAUUGUUUUGCUGCUAUGAGAUGAGGCUCAAUCGAGCCUUUCAGUAACUAAACGAAAAAACAACUUUAAAUUUCCUCUUGACAUGAUUAAAUGGGUUUAAUGAGUCUGAGGGUUAUAACCUGGGUCAGUACUACCAGACAUUUUUGGAAAAACACAGAGGGAUUUCAAUUGAUAGUAUUCAAAAUCAUAUUUCAAGCAAGUUAAAACUUUAAGUGUUUGGUAAAUUGUAAGGUUGUGUAUCUAUUGGACAAAAAAUGAUUUUUUAUGAUAACUCUUGUCAUGACAGUGAACUCAGCACGCCGAACUGUGGAAAAUAUAAAGAUGCAUCUAAAAAGUGGUGUUUGAUGAAACAUGGAGAAGAAAACAAGUUUCGAAGAGGACGUGACUAUGGACUGAACUGCCAAGAGACUCUGUACAGAAAAAUGCAUGUUUCUCAAACUACAGCUCUGGACCCAAAAUGGGCCAUCUAGUGACUUUCAGUGCGUUCCAGCCAACAAAAGAAGUAAUAUAUUGCUGGUCCUGCAGCUCCAGCUGGAAAUGAAAUCUGGCUGUAAAUUAUGAAGCAGGCCCAACGUAAAAUAAAGAAGUCUUUAUCAUACGAUGUUGGAACUUGAGAGAGUACUGAACAGGACUGGCGUCAAGUGGACUCUGGUCUGCAGGAGUUGAGUGACUUUAGUGACUUUGCAAGGCAGUAAAUUGUGAUUUGUUCUUACUAUUAAGAUGUUAAACCAACACAGUUUAUUCCAUUUCUAUUUAACUUUCUUCUUAGUAGUAUUUAUUUGUUUUAUCUGGAGUGAAACUGCUUGUUUCGUAAGUUGUGUGAUAUUUUUGGGAAAGGCUUUAUGCUCUUCCUUAGGUCCUCUUCACUAGUCUCACAUACUGGACGCUUAUUUGACAUGUGAGUGUGUCUGUUGGUCUGUCUUUGUAUGCAUGUACUGUAUGUUUGUGUGCUCACACAUAGAGAUCCGCACAGAACUUUCUUUUUCUCUUGUCUUCUCUUUCUUUAUUUAUGGAAAGAUUUUCAAUUGUUAUCAUCCAAAUCUGUUGAUGCACAUCCCCACUCCCAACCAAGGAAAUUCAAAUCACUCCUGCCUGUGGCUAUUUUGUUUUUUAGAAAUGCUAAUAAAGUCACCAACUCAUUAAUAUGACAUGCUUAGAAGACUUAAAUAAAUGUAAAAGUAAAAACUGCUUCAGCUCGCGGCAGUGAGAACUAAAGGUAUAUUAAAAGUACAAUGUUUUGUUUUCCUCUUUCUCCUGAACAAGAGACACAAACUAAAUGUUGCGACAUCGGACUUGAGCUCAGUAGCGAUAAUACUGUUGUUUACAGAGCAGAUUGCAUUUGGGAUGAACUACCAUUUAAACUAAAUUCAUGCAAGAUGAUGGCGUGAGUGAAGGAGAGAGCCAGACAGACCAACUGAAUUAAAACUUAAUAUUAUUUUGUAAGGCUUGCAAGAAGAAGAUACAUGCAUCAUUAAGUCCAAUAACAUAAUAACAGCCUCUCAUAUUUUCAUAUAUUUAAUUUCAUCCCACAAUGAUGAUUCUGAGCACGCAAUCCUGUCUAUAUCAGAGUAGAUACCGUACAUCCAAUGCUUGGUCUUGCAGAAUCCCUUUGCUCUUCUGGCUGAAUGUGUUUCUGUAUGUGUGUGUGUGUGUGCUUGUUCAGUACAGAUCUAUGUGUGUUUGUCACUCAGAUCAGAGUGAGAGGAGAUGAAACAAAAGUUCAGAGGCCAAACCAGUAAAUCUGCUUAAUGGGAAACUCAGCAACAGAUCGGAGACACUUUUGAUGCUGUAAGUAAAACAAACUGUCCGACUGAGAGAAGGCAGAGCUUAGAGAAAAUUAACAUGCGGUUGGCCUCUUAUGGCUUCUUGGCUUUGGCCACAUGACAGAACUAACCAGCGUUGAUCUACUUCUGAAUGUGUGUGUUUGAGUAAAAAGUAAGAAGGAGAGAUUGUGUGUGACUCUGAGCUGAGCUGUUUUGUGUCUGCUGGCAUGUGAAUGUACAAAGUGUGUAAGUGUCGGAUACACGUCUUAAAAAUGAAAUGAUGUGUGGGUGAGUGUGAAGCCGGCAGUGUAAUCCAAAUGAAAUCAGAUUUGGCCUGUUCGCAGACUGCUGUCAGAUACGACACUCAGGGUAAAUACAUCUAAACAGUGUGACUGCAGGUGUGCUUAUGAGGUUCACACACCAGAUGAAGCCUGUGAGUCAACAAGUUCAUGUUUAGAGGGCUUGAUGUCUUUCUAAAAAGCUGAAACGUGGUCCUGAAGUUUUCACUUCAUGUUUGAUGCUGAAUUUAAACUUUGAACACCAACAUUUAUGAUCAUCUUACGAUAUAGCGACUGGCAAACUGUUGAAGUCUCAUGGAAGCUGUUGAAUGCUAACAACACAAUCAUUGCUACAUUUUGUUGUUAUGUAUUUAUAGUCCUACAGUAUUUUAAGUACACACUUAAAAAUAUAUAGAAAGUCAAAGUCCAGCCCCCUACUAGCAUUUGUAACUUAACAGGUUUUUUCAUAGUAUCCUUCUGAAGGCUGAAACAUGAUGCUGGUGUUUUCUGUCCAUAAUAUAAGAUGUCUACCCAUUAGUGUAAGAAAACAUGAACACGUCAUUUUAUCCAAGCUAAAAUAACAGUUACUUUGUUAGCAUUCAAUACAGCAUGAAUCCCAGAGUUUAGCCCAUCACAUGGUCUCAUGAAAGCUGUGAAAUGCUAACCAAAUUAUUGCUGUUAUAUCCUGGUGGUGAAUGAUGAAGCUACAGUGGCUACCACAGUGGUAGAUACAUAACUAGCCUAAAAUAGUUGGACAUUUUGGGAAAUACCCUGAUUGGCUUUCUUUUAGAUGAUUCAUAGAUUAAGAGACUCUCAUGUCUGUAUCCGGUGAAACACCGCCAGCAUCUGGUUAGCUUAAAAGUGAAAACAGAGAAUGCAGCUAGUAUGUGGAACUAUUCCUUUAAAAGCUGAUAUAAAACCUCAAGAGCAUUUAAGUUUUUUAGAAAAGCAGAUAAAAGAAACCUUCUAGCCUUUGCAUUAAGCUGUUAAGAAGCUUAGAGACGGCAAGGAGAGGUGACAAGACUUCAUCUCUCUAUGUGGCCCAACACCAAUCAAACCAAUAUGACAUUGUUAACCAGUUUUCAGGCAAGUGUUGGUGAGUUUAAAAUGCAGGCUGUGCAAAACCUCAGGCAAACAAGCUAAAUCUAACGCCUCUUUUAAGUCUCUAAACUUCAUUUUGCCUGUGAAAGGACGCCAACUUUGGAGAAAUUUGGAUUAUGGUGCCAGUUUUAACAGCACUUUGCCCUUUUUUGCUCUCACGGAAAUAUGAUCCAAUAACCUAAUAAAUAGGCUAUGAAAAUAAUCAAGCUGUAUGGACUCCGGCUUGUGGAUGUUGUGUGUAUGAGUGUGUAAUGUGUGUAUAUUUGUGUCAGAUCCAAACACCACACAAGUCGGAGGCAGAACUCCUACAAGACAUUUUUAUGGUGGACCGUUUUAAACAUUUAGUGUUUCCCUCAAAGAUUGUGGUGCAGAGCUGCUCCUCAUUCAUUGCAAAAGCCUCGUGUGUUUCACUCUGUUAUGCUAUAUUUACAUCUCAGUGCCAAUGCUUUUGUGAUUUUUCCAGAACGACUUCUUUGCAGACGGAAUGAAACUGUCUUCAGCUGAUCUCCUCUCGUGUAUGGAGACAUUUUUCUUUUUGUAAAUAUGUAUAAAGGUCUGCUUUCAAAUGAG